AUGUCUGAGUCUGAAUCAUCAAGGCCUUCUUUGGUUUUCGCCUACUACGUUACUGGCCGUGGCUUUGGCCACGCCACUCGUGUCGUCGAGGUGGUUCGGCAUCUGAUAUCGUCUGGACAUCGAGUUCAUGUCGUCUCUGCUGCUCCAGAGUUUGUUUUCACCAUGGAGAUUCACUCACCCAAUCUCUCUAUUCGAAAGGUACUAUUGGACAGUGGAUCCGUACAAGCUGAUGCUUUAACCGUGGAUCGUCGUGCUUCCUUGGAGAAGUACUGCGAGAUUGCUGUUGAACCUCGAGACUCUAUUUUAGCCACAGAGGUUGAGUGGCUAAAGUCAAUCAAUGCCAACCUUGUGGUCUCAGAUGUUGUCCCCAUCGCUUGCCGAGCUGCAGCAAAUGCCGGAAUCCGCUCUGUUUGCGUCACCAACUUCAGGUCUGUCAAAUUCUUUAAGCUGGCUUAUGGUAGAGAUGGCUUAAGUUGGGACUUUAUAUAUGCAGAGUAUGUGAUGGCAGCAGGACAUCAUCACCGAUCCAUUGUUUGGCAGAUAGCUGAGGAUUAUUCGCACUGCGAGUUUCUGAUUCGUCUACCUGGAUACUGUCCUAUGCCUGCUUUCCAUGACGUUAUUGAUAUUCCCCUUGUUGUCAGGCCAUUGCAUAAAUCUAGAGAAGAGGUUAGGAAAGAGCUUGGAGUUCCAGAAAAUGUGAAACUACUCAUCUUUAACUUUGGUGGCCAACAAACUGGUUGGAAACUGAAGGAGGAAUAUCUUCCAGCUGGUUGGCUAUGCCUGGUCUGUGGAGAUUCUGCUAAACAAGAGCUUCCUCCAAACUUCAUAGCACUUCCAAAAGAUGUUUAUACCCCUGAUGUGAUUGCUGCUUCAGACUGCAUGCUUGGAAAAAUUGGAUAUGGGACCGUGAGUGAAGCACUUGCAUACAAGCUACGAUUCAUUUUUGUGAGAAGGGACUACUUCAAUGAAGAACCAUUCUUAAGAAAGAUGCUUGAGUAUUACCAAGGAGGAGUUGAAAUGAUCAGAAGAGAUCUUCUUUCCGGAUGUUGGGCGCCUUAUCUCGAGCGUGCGGUUACACUGAAACCGUGUUACAAUGGAGACACUGAUGGUGGCGAGGUGGCGGCUAAGAUACUGCAGGACACAGCAAUGGGGAAGAAACGUUCUAAACUCAAUCUAAGCGGGGCGAGGAGACUCCGAGAUGCAAUAAUACUAGGCUUCCAGCUACAGAGAGCUCCAGGGAGAGAUCAUUCAGUUCCAGAAUGGUAUCAAGUCGCUGGAAAUGAAGCUGAUAUUCCUUCGGUUGAUCAAAAGCAGAAACCCUCCAAGUUUGUAGAAGGCUUUGAGAUUCUUCAUGGAGAUCACCAUGGCCUUUCAGAUACAAUCGGUUUCUUGGAUAGUUUGGCAACAUUAGCUAAAAUAGGAGGGCAUCAUCAAGAAAGGGAGCAUUUAGCAGCUGCUGCACUUUUCAACUGGGAGGAGGAUAUUUUUGUGGCGAGGGCACCUGGUAGACUUGAUGUAAUGGGAGGCAUUGCUGAUUACUCUGGAAGUCUAGUCUUGCUGAUGCCUACGAGAGAGGCGUGCCAUGCCGCUGUACAGAGGAAUCAUCCAAGUAAACAGAAACUAUGGAAGCACGCCGAAGCAAGACAUCAUUCAAGAGACACUCCCAUUCUUGAAAUUGUUUCAUUUGGAUCGGAGCUGAGCAACAGAGGACCAACUUUUGAUAUGGACUUGUCUGAUUUCAUGGAAGAAGAUGGGAAACCAAUAUCUUAUGAGAAAGCUAACCAUUACUUUUCCCGGGAUCCGUCUCAGAAGUGGGCAGCUUAUGUUGCAGGUACAAUUCUUGUACUAAUGAGAGAGAUGGACGUUCGAUUUGAAGACAGCAUUAGCAUACUGGUUUCUUCGACUGUUCCUGAAGGUAAAGGAGUAUCUUCCUCUGCUUCGGUUGAAGUUUCUACCAUGUCUGCUAUCGCUGCUGCUCAUGGUCUUGAAAUAUCUCCGAGAGAUGUGGCUUUGCUCUGCCAAAAAGUGGAGAAUUAUGUUGUUGGAGCACCUUGUGGAGUGAUGGAUCAAAUGGCUUCUGCUUGUGGAGAAGCUAACAAGCUUCUUGCUAUGAUCUGUCAGCCUGCUGAGAUAUUAGGACUUGUUGAAAUACCUUCUCACAUUCGAUUCUGGGGGAUCGAUUCUGGAAUACGUCACAGUGUUGGUGGCUCAGACUAUGGUUCAGUGAGGAUAGGAGCAUUUAUUGGUAAGACAAUGAUAAGAUCUGUUGCAUCUUCUUCUUUUGCUGAAUCCAACUCAGAAGCUGAAGAGGAGAGCUUGGAGUUGAAGGAAUCCGAUGCUUCUUUGGAUUACUUAUGUAACCUUUCACCUCAUAGGUUUCAAGCUUUUUAUGCAAGUAAGCUCCCACAGUCAAUCACUGGAGAAGAGUUCAUCGAAAAGUAUGGUGAUCAUGGCGACUCUGUCACAUCCAUUGACAGAAAUGGUACAUACAACAUAAUGGCACCGACUAAACAUCCAAUUUAUGAGAAUUUCCGUGUCCAGGCUUUCAAAGCUUUGUUGACAGCAACUCCUUCGGAAGAACAGGUCAUUGGUCUUGGGGAGCUUAUGUACCAGUGCCACGAUAGCUACAGCGCGUGUGGACUUGGCUCUGAUGGAACAGACAGAUUAGUGAGGUUAGUGCAAAAUAUGGAGAAGUUGAAGCAUUCUAAAACUGAGAGCGGGACUCUCUACGGGGCCAAGAUCACAGGAGGUGGCAGUGGAGGAACAGUCUGCGUUGUUGGAAGGAGCAACUUGAGAAGCAGUGAACAGAUUCUUCAGAUUCAGAGAAAGUACAAGGAAGCAACAGGGUUUAUGCCGUACGUGUUUGAAGGUUCAUCUCCUGGAGCUGGCAAGUUUGGAUACUUGAAGAUACGCAAGAACUCUGAUCUUCUUUCUUCUACUUAA